ACCUUAUAGGAACCUGACACACACAAUGAUACAGUCACCAUCCAGACACAUCCCUUGUCUAUUACUGGAGAAUGUCCCAGAAUUCCCGGCACCGCUCACCUCUCCUGUCAGCAGCUCCGUGAUCUUACUGGUGACGUCUAGAAUCUUCUGCCUGUUUUUUCUUUAAGGUUCUGGAUCUAAAUUUAGGCUGUCUCUAGGCUUUAAACCAACAAUUCUGGAUGAACACUUGGAUAAAUGGGUAAGACAGCCUCCUUUAUCAGCAAGAGAGGAGUGUGGAGGGUAGGACAUUGGGUAGUAUGUGAAG